AUGUCUGUGAUGAUAGCAAGGAAGAAGGUGACGCGGAAAUGGGAGAAGCUGCCAGGAAGGAAUACCUUCUGCUGCGAUGGGCGCAUUAUGAUGGCCCGUCAGAAAGGCAUCUUCUAUUUGACACUCUUCCUCAUUGUGGGGACGUGUGCCCUCUUCUUUGCUUUUGAGUGCCAGUAUCUCGCUCUCCGCCUCUCCCCAGCUAUCCCCGUCUUUGGAGUCAUUCUCUUUUUGUUUGCAAUGGCCACCCUUUUGCGGACAAGCUUCAGUGACCCAGGAGUUAUUCCACGGGCCCUACCUGACGAGGCAGCUUUCAUUGAAAUGGAAAUAGAGGCAACCAAUGGAACGGUGCCUCCCGGCCAGCGGCCACCUCCGCGCAUUAAGAACUUCCAGAUCAAUAACCAGAUCGUGAAGCUGAAGUACUGCUAUACCUGCAAGAUCUUCCGUCCGCCCCGGGCCUCACAUUGCAGUAUUUGCGACAACUGUGUGGAGCGUUUUGAUCAUCAUUGUCCCUGGGUAGGGAACUGUGUAGGAAAGAGGAACUACCGUUAUUUCUACCUCUUCAUCCUUUCGUUGUCCCUCCUCACCAUCUACAUCUUCUCCUUCAACAUUGUCUACGUCGCCCUGAAAUCCCGGGAGAUCAGCUUUUUGAGUACGCUGAAAGAAACGCCAGGGACAUAUCUUUUCUCUGCAAGCAGUAAACAGCCUUUGGCUGAUAUUAAAGGCUCCUGGACAGGGAAGAACCGUGUGCAGAAUCCUUAUAGCCAUGGUAACAUUGUGAAGAACUGCUGCGAAGUUCUGUGUGGUCCUUUGCCUCCCAGCGUGCUGGAUAGACGGGGCAUCUUGCUUCAAGAGCGUGCUAUCUCAGGGAGCGGAGCUGGGCCUGAGCCCAGAACGCAAGAAGAGAGAAGCGCAGAGGAACGCAGAGCCCAGCAAGCCAGUCGUGCCCCCGAGGGUGGCAGUGCCUUCCCAGAACAAAGCCUGCUCCCUGGGCCAACGGACAAAGUGCCACAGGAAGCCACGAAGCCACCUGUGGCUGCUGCUGCUGCUCCAGAAGAAGAAGAAUCAUCUGCUCAAACACUCGAUCCUGUGCAGAUGACACCUUAG